UAUAUAUAUAUAUAUAUAUAUAAAUAUAAAUAUAUAAAACAAUAUAUAAUGUGCGCGUAUUGUACAAAUCACUUUUAAAGCAAAUAAAGAGAUUCUGAACAUUGAUGAAAAGAUAAUAAAACAUUUUUAAAUCGACCGUUUUCUCAGCGAAAUAAACGAAACGAAAUUAAUUGAAUUGAUUCAAAGAGUAAUUGAAAACCUAUACGGAGUUUCGAGUAACACGCUUAAUAAUAUUGUUCAUGCGAUAGUUGCACUCAUCGACUGCGGACACCAAUAAACCGAAAGUCACUAGCAGCCGGAGCAACAGAAGCAGAAAAUGAUUAAAUUCGUUAAAAUUAAUUAACAAAAAAAAAAAAUUACAUUUUGAAAAGGAAUGAAUCAUUCAUUAUCAACAUAAUGAAUUCACUUUUACGGUUUACGGUCAGUUAAUACUUUAUUUAAUGCAGAAAGAAAGACGAUCAAAAAGGAAGGAAAGGAUAAUAAUGAAUGCUUAUUAACAUAAAUAUCAUAUAAACCGAUGCGUAAUAAAAUCAUGCCACGCAGUUCAUAAUUCCUUUAAAUAGUUAUUGAAUUAUAAUAAAACUUAAAAUGUUGCCAACAAAUGUGAUGACUUUUAUGAAGAAGAUGGUAGCUACCGAUGAGACUGCCUCCACGCAAACCGCACCUGACACAGGCGGCACAUUCGGAAAGCUGAAACAAACUUUGUCCACAUCACUUUUAACCGCACAGGAUAGAGUAAAUAAAAUGUCACCGAGACCAUCUUUAAUACCCACUGAUACUGACAGCACUUAUAGUGGUUAUCAACAACAACAGCCUCAGCAACAGGAUGCUUCUACAAAUCAAAACUAUAACAACAAUAAUAGUAAUGGGACGACAAAUGCUGGGAAAACGCAAAAUGAACCUGGUCGUCGAGCGGGAGCUUGCCGGGUGUGUUUAAAAUCUUUCAAGCCCGAUGACUACCACAAAACUUGUUUUGAAUGCCAGCAACGCGUAUGCGAAGACUGUGCCAGUUAUAGUAAACUGGAAGAAAAUGAGGAUGCGAGUAUGUGGCGUUGCAGUGUGUGCAGGCGAAAGAUGGCUUCACGAGUUUGCAUACCGCAAGACUCGACAGAUUCAAUGUUGGACGUUCCGGUGUUGGAGGCUCUCCAACGACGUCAUUCAGAUGCGAAACUAGGCUGUUCCACACAAAACUUGGCGCCAUCAAAUGGCGGUGCGCUUGCACCACCACGUAGCCCCGAAUUAAGACGUCACUCAGAUGUGUCGCCUGCGUCGCUUAAAGAAUUGGAACGAUUAAAAGGUAAUAAAACACCCGGCGGUGAUAUGGAUUGGCGUAAAGGUGGCCAAAGUAUGGCACCUAGCCGUUCAUCAAGUCCACCGCGUCAGGAGGAACUUAGUUUUGGGCCACCGUUAUCCCGUAUGGCAUCACGCAGAGCUUCUCGUGUAGCUCGCCAACAUAGCUACGAUGACGAUGGAAAUACAAGUGCAGGUGGUACGGGUGUAGGUGUCGCCAUGACAGAUGUAGGCCUUGGCUUACCCAGCAUGCCUCGAAGAAAAUCUGCAUAUGAUGUGUUUGCUCCUGGUACUUUACAAGCGGCUACACAAGCUGCACAAUUGCAGCGUUCUCCCGGUGACGGCAAUACCAUGGCGACGCAAAUGGCUUUACCGGGCUCAAGGAGACCCUCAUUUCGGGUGCCGCAUGCCUCUGAGGAUCUACAGAACGACGAAAGCCCAAGCCCAGACAAAGGCAGCCCAGUGUUAACCGUAGACGAUGAUCGACGCGUAAGACGUCGUGGUUCACAAUUACCUGAUUUAGCGGCUUUACAAUCCCGUGGUGCUAUACCCACUACCAUACCACCACCAUUGGCUGCAUUCACUGGUCCUAAUUUAGAGGAUUUAGAGGCACCACGUCGCCAAACCUCCAUGGACGGUGAGGCCAUUAAAAUUGUUAUACACGACGUAGACUCGGGACCUAUAUGUUCAUCGAAACGUCGAAUUGUUUUGCGUAAAGAUCCUUCGGACAAAGCCCACCGCACACGCGGUUUUGGUAUGCGAGUAGUGGGUGGCAAAACGGGUGCCGAUGGCAGACUCUUUGCCUACAUUGUCUGGACAGUGCCCGGAGGACCGGCUGAAAAGAAUGGUUUACAACAAGGCGACAAGAUCUUGGAAUGGAAUGGCAUGUCAUUGAUCGAUCGCAGUUUUGAAGAGGUCUGCAGUAUAAUGGAUCAUACAGGCGACAUGGUGGAGCUGUUGGUAGAACAUGCAACUGAUUUUCGUAUGUGCGACUUGUUUGAUGAAAAUUUGCCACCUGGCAAUAGUGGUGGCAACGAUAGGGGUCCACGCCGCUCAGGUGAUGGCCCAAUAGGCUUGGGUUUAAUAGCCGACCCCGAAACCACAACAGACAAAUCACCGGCCUCGCCGACCAGACGGAAGUUACCAAAAACUCCGGAACAAAUUGCUCGCGAAAAACAAGUAAGUGGGCGCGUACAAAUACAAGUUUGGUAUCACGCUGAACGUUGCGAGUUGGUGGUCUCUCUAAUGGCAGCCGAUGAUUUGGCAUUACGUGACGAGGCUUACGGUCACGGCAAUAUGCCCGAAGCUUAUGCUAAAGUACGCAUCUUACCCAAAUGCGGCGACGGUUCUGUACAACAAACUGAAGUCAGUCCGCCUACACAAAAUCCGAUUUGGAAUGCAACUCUGAUAUUUGCUCACGUGAAAGCCGAUAGCCUCAUGGAUCGCUAUAUAGAUGUGCAGCUGUGGGAUUUAGUACCUCACACAGAAUCAAUAUUUCUGGGUGAAUGCAAUAUUGAAUUACAACAGGCCUUUCUUGAUGAUCGAGCAUUGUGGUGUCGAUUAGAAGACCCAAAAGGCCUGCGUGGCAUCAGCAUGUCCAAGUCCCCCAGCGUAUCACCACGUGGCUCAUUGGCCGCUGGCUGUCCUGGAGGCGAUGUUUCACGUUUGCUAAGGCGAGACUACAAUAUACAGCGAUCCAUUUCGGACGAUGUAGGCUCGAUUGGUGAGAGCGCGUCUUUAUUGCAUCCAGAUCAUGCCUGGAUAGCGGGUUCGCGGCGCGGCUCAUCGCAAUCAGAGACAAUGGAAAUUGAAGUUUAUCAACUAAGCAAAGAUUUUUCACGUUCGCUACCGGGUUCUAGACGUUCAUCGUUCCAAGAUGCCGAAAAAAAUCGUGAAGAGGAUAUGAUUCCACCAUCCUCCACUUACUUAGUCGGCCGUCGUCGUUCGUCGGUAGCUCGCAAAGAUCCCGAUGAGAUUUUAAAAUCGCUAAAAGCAGUUAGAGGCGAGUUGGGUCGUGCGAUGAGUUUGGGCACGGAGACAACUAUUUCACGAAUGGGCUCCAGACGACACAGUCGUAUUGGCGUACCCAGCAAUCCAAGCAGUCGCAAAAAUUCAAUAUUCGAUUUGGCGCAAAAGCAAUUACCCGUAGGCUUAGGAAAUAGCGCAACAAGUCCCCCAUCAGAUGAUGAAGAAAAACGCUUCGCACCGAAAUGGAGAGGAAGCGGUACGAAUUUGCCACCUCAAACGGUUAAACAAGCUCUGUCUAUGCUAAAGCAGGCAUCGUCGGCUACAAAUGUUUCUCAAGGGGUACAGGAGCGGCAAUAUUAUCGCGGUUUACAACAGCCAGAGAUCCCGCAUAAUAUGCGCAAGGGUAGUAUAUUUAAUUUGGGGACCAAUGAAAAUCAGCCGCGUAAAGAUAGUGUAUUCAUAUUAAACUCAACUGAAAGUCCGGGACCGCGUCAAAGGAAAGCCAGUAUUUAUGUAGGGGCAAGAACGGCCACUAUUACGCAUGACUCCCCUAAUCCAGUCCGCAAGAAUAGUGUGAUGAAUUUAACUGCAACAACUGAAAGUCCAAAUGCAGCUCGCAAACCAAUUUAUAAUGCUAGCGCGAAAAAUCUUAGUUCUCUAUCAGAUUCAAGUGGCAGCUUAUCGACAACAUCAAAUAUUAUUACUGGUAUGUCAACUGAUUACGGCUUACAAUUGGGUCCAGGCCAAAUACAUCCCAAAGGUUAUCGUCUAACAAGUGCACGUCAUGGCGAGCUUAAAAUGGGUUUCGUUAAAAUCAAGGGUACGGUGGAGGUCGAGGUUGUCUGCGCUCGAAAUAUUGUGGCUGUCGAUUGUGAAACACCACCAGAUACGUAUGUAAAAUGUUACAUAAAGGAUGGCGAUCGCCUACGUCACAAAAAGAAAACACGUGUGGUCCGCCAUGCAGCCGAGCCUAUUUACAAACAAACCAUUAAAUACCAGAGCUCCGAUGUGUUUGGCCGGAACAUAGUCAUUAUGCUCUGGCAACGUUGCGUAGGCUUCGAGCACAAUCAGGGCUUAGGCGGCACUGAGGUCAACUUGGACAAGGUGAAUAUCGCUCAACACAUUGGUGGCUGGUAUCCAUUAUUUCCUAUGCAUUCGUAUGGUGGUUCCGAUUCCGAUAAUUCUCCUUGACCGAUUACGCUUCCAAAGCAAAUUCUCGGCAACAAGAGCAACAACGAUUUCGGCAUUAACACAACACGUACACCAAGCAAACACAAUAAUUUAUUAAAGGCUCAUUCAGUUAACUUAAGCAGGACCAUUAUUAAUUUUAUAGAAUAUAUGAAAUUAAUUUUAAAUAUUAAAUCAUUUAUUAUGGGAAAUGAUAUUUUAGCAUUCAUUUUGCCCGAUUAUUAAUCAUUUCUUUCGCGUUAAAUUAUAACACUUCUUUUAAUGUAUUCCAUUUCUUAAGAUCAUUCUAUUACCUCUAGGUUUCAUAAUAACAAUUUAUAUAAUAUUUACAUAAAAUACGUAAUGCAUUCAAGUGUCGCAUAGAUGAGUUUACUAUGAAGAUGUUAAUACUAGAAGCGUGGAGGAGACGAAAACUCCUUCGCAUUCAUAAUUAUUACAAAUGAUACAAAAUGGACAAAAUCAAACCUAAGGCUUUCAGUUAUAUUAGCGUUAAUUUGCUUUAUCAUGUUAACACUGUACAACUAUCGCGUAACGCAAUUUCAUUCACUUGAAUUUUCCAUUGUGAAAACAAUACUUGCACACUGAUGACAUGUAUCUAUUUCUGCCAAAGCGGGAGUGCGAAUGCGUUUUUGCAGCGAUCUUCAAAGUCCUGAACAAUGUCUAGAGCACAUGGACAGAUUUUUUUUCAUAGUUCCUUUCCGUAGACGUAUCCGUAAGGACACUACUUCCUAUCUUAAUUAUUUGCGAGUGUAGGGAUUGUGCAAAAAAAAGUGAUCCAAAGUGAGUCAAAUUCAUUCCCUUGGAUAGAAAUAGAUAUAUGUACAAUUUGAUUAAUACUAGUGUUAAUGGCAAUCACAAUUUCUGUCUCAAAAGUCUGAUCAACACUCUCUGCACAUAAAUCGCUAAUAAUUUCAUUGCGUGUAGAACCUUGAAAAGAAAAAUCCAAAAAUUAACCAAAAAUUAUAGCAAACAUCAUAGCUUAAUAGGAAAUGCUUCAAUAAAAAUGUUAAGAUAUUUUCUAGACAUGGAUCGGAUCAUGGUGAAAAAUCAUUUUCGCAGCACAUUUUAUAUUCAGGACAUUUUCCAUUCAUAGCGAAAAAUGCAUCGCAUUUCUAAAAGGAAAAUUUGUUGCUUUUCUUUACCGGCAACAAACUAUACCAAUGCGGACGUCUUUUCUUUUUCUAAUUUUAAAAACAAUUUUACCAUUUUAAGAGGCCCGGAAGAAAGAGAUCUGUUGCGUUUACUCAAUUCUUCCAUAAUGAGAAAGAUAUGAAUAUAUAAAGAAUGAUAAGAAGGAUGAAAGUUUGCUGCAAUACAUGUUGAGGUAGAACUUUUGGGAAAAUUAAAUAAAAGGUUUUUUUAUCUUAGGCCCAACAAAAAUUUAACUGCUCGCAAAAGACAAAGCUUCCAAACUCCAAAAUUCUCUUAAAAUUAAAAAAAAAAAAACACAGAAUGCUAUUCAAGCCUUAAAACCUAUCGUCACUUUUAAACAAGAACGCCUCGUUUCAUCUGUAAAAGAUGUCGAGAAUGGAUAUUUCUCAAAUAUUAUAUAAUACUAAAUUGAUCUCAUAAAUCUGAAUUUUAUCAGACGUGUCGCUCACACAUUGCAGCAGGUUUGAGUUUAGGGUACAUUUCCUUAUCAUUAUUCCAGCUUUGAAACAUUUAUUCAUAUAUCGCAUAAAUGAAAUAUUUUAAAC